GGCGGCGCCAGUGUCGGCGCUGGAGGUUGUGUCCUUCCUGGGCAAGCUGCUGUGCGCAGUCGCGGCGCUGAAGGCGGCCCUCUACCUGCUCCGCAGGGUGUGCCUCGCCAUGGCCUGGAAGUCGGGCGGCGCCAGCCACGCCGAGCUCAUCCACAACCUCCGCAAAAAUGGAAUAAUUAAAUCAGACAAGGUAUUUGAAGUAAUGCUGGCUACAGACCGUUGCCAUUAUGCAAAAUACAACCCGUAUAUGGAUUCUCCUCAGUCUAUAGGUUUCCAAGCAACAAUCAGUGCUCCACAUAUGCAUGCAUAUGCUCUUGAACUUCUGUCUGAUCAGUUACGUGAAGGAGCCAAAGCACUUGAUGUAGGUUCUGGAAGUGGAAUCCUUACAGCAUGCUUUUCACGAAUGGUUGGUCCCAAAGGACAAGUUGUAGGAAUUGAUCAUAUCAAAGAACUAGUAGAUGACUCAAUAAAUAAUGUCAAAAAAGAUGAUCCCACAUUGCUGUCUUCAGGAAGAGUGAAACUGAUUGUGGGAGAUGGAAGAAUGGGAUAUGCAGAAGAAGCUCCCUAUGAUGCGAUUCAUGUAGGAGCUGCAGCACCAGUUGUGCCCCAAGCACUUAUAGAUCAGUUAAAACCUGGCGGAAGAUUGAUAUUACCGGUUGGUCCUGCAGGGGGAAACCAGAUGCUUGAGCAGUAUGACAAACUAGAAGAUGGCAGUGUCAAAAUGAAGCCUCUGAUGGGAGUGAUAUAUGUGCCUUUAACAGAUAAAGAGAAGCAGUGGUCCAGGGAUGAAUUGUAAAAGCUACAUCAUCUUGACCCAAACAUAGUGUUACAGUGGACUGCUCAUCUCCAGUUCUAAAAGCUUUUUGAAAACCAACAGCAUUGCAGCUUGUUUUGGACUUCGUUAUACUGUUGUUAUCAGCAUGGAAAAGCGUGGUGUUUGUUUUAUUUUCUUAGAUGCUCAAGGCAAAUCUGAUAAAGACAUGGUGGAAAGUUU